ACCGUCGCCCUUCUUUCCUCCCACCUUCCGCACAAUCCUUCCGACUGUUCCCAUUUAAACUCCCUCUCCAUUACCACCUUCCAACUCCCAACAAAAGCCUCUCAAAUGUCGUAGAAAACCAAAGAAAAGAAAGAAGAGUUGCAACAAAGAGAGGAGGAAGAAUAGAAGACCGGGGAGGUGGACAUGGAGGUGUUAGUGCCAUUGCAGGACUUCCACUUCGACAGCACGACCACCACCCCCUAUAUCAGUGCUCCAUCGAGCCCGGAGCGCUUCGGCGACCCCUUCGACCUCUAUUGCCACUACACCAGCGCUCCGACCAGCCCGACGCGCGCUGCCGCCAUCUACGCCCACGUCAACACCAUCUCCACCAAUAAUUCCCUUCGUUUUUCAUCUUCUUCCCCUUCUUCAGCAAUCCCUUUUGAUUGGGAGGAGAAGCCCGGCACACCGAAAGCCCGCUCCUCCGCCGCCACCACCGGUCAUGACAGCACCGAUCCAUUCGACUUCGCCUUUGAUUGCAGCGGGCAGCUCGACAAGGCUGCAGGGAUGACGCCAACAUUAUUAACAGCUGAUGAGCUCUUUGAGGAGGGGAAGAUUCGUCCACUUAAGCUUCCUCCUAGGCUCCAGUAUCCAGUCAUGGAAGAUAGAAGCAGCGUUGCCUCCUCUCCGCGAUCGCCCCGAUCCCCUAAGCCUAAGGGGCUUUGGUCUCCCCUCCACCGAGGGAGGGGAAGAAAGGGAGAAGAGUUCGACCCCUUCACUGCAGCGAUGGUGGAAGCAACAACAGAGAGAGGGAGGGAUAGAGCUCCCACCUCCCCCUCUUUUGCUUCCUCAAGAAGCAGGAAGGGGUCGAGAUCACUCUCUCCCCUGAGAGGAGGAGGAAGAGGAGGAUUCUUUCAAAAGUGUCUGAAUUCCCCUCCUCCUACCACUGCCACAACUUCCACCACCACUCCGAAGAGUGGUGGAAGCAAGAAGUGGCGGCUGAGGGACUUGCUCCUGUUCCGCAGCGCAUCGGAAGGACGCGCCAUCGGAAACAGGAGCAAGGACCCUCUCCGAAAGUAUACAUUACUAUUCACAUCCAUCUCCCCAUCUUUAUCGUUACCGGUAUCGAAGAAGAAUGGCUUAGGUGGGGGAGAGGACCCGAGGAAUUCAAGCUUCAGGUCGGUUGACAGCGAUGGGUCAAUGCGAAGGGGGAACCGAUCGGCGGUCUCUGCACAUGAGAUGCACUAUGCCGUGAACCGGGCUGCGACAGAGGAGAUGAAGAAGACGCCGCUGCCUUACCGACAGAAUCUCUUCAGCUGCCUCCGCUUCAACCCGGCUGUCAACAGGAUUGCCAGGGGGUUCGGCAGCUCGUUCACCCACGGCCGAUCCUCAUGAAAUUAACCAGAUGACUGCUCGUGUGUGCCUAUGGAUUUAUUCUUUCGGAUUCAUGUAAAACCUCCUUCUUUUUCCCUUGUUCCUGAAUUGGGAAUGUGAUCAUCAUUUUGAUGGUACGUUAUGUACGUAUGUCCUUCCUUCCUUUUUUUUUGGUUACAUGUUGUAAUGAGAAGAUUUGAGUCCAUAUAUACGAGUUUUGUUUGCUUCAAUGCUUUGAAACUGGGAGAAUUCUUUUCAGCAGAUACUGAUAUAAGAGCUGGUAACUGUUAGGAAUGGAAAUGAAUGCUGAUAUAAAUGGAAGGACAGGGAUGUUUUUUUCCACUCUCAAAAGGCAUAGCCAGAAAAGCUUAGUAUUGUAAUUUAAUGGGCAUAAUCAUUCAUUGGAGUACUCCGCAUGGAAUGGCAUGAACUGACUAGAUAUGGUUGGCUAGUAUUGGCCCUUGAAAACCAUUCAAGUGGGUCUUUUUCUAAUCACCUAGUUUGGUUGCAGAGGGACAAGUUCACGGUGGCAUUUGAGGACAGGUAAUAUCAAAUCAACCACAGACUUAAUCCCAACCUCGAUUUCUUCUACUUGAGCAGGAAAAAUCCCAAAGAGAGGCACAGCAAUAAAUGGAGCUCUGCUUUCUGUGACAGAAUAGUCUGCAAGAAGAUGGAAGCCAAAAGU